AUGUACUUAACUUUAUUAGUUGUAAUAGAUAAUAAUACUAAAAGCUGUCUUGUUGCUCAAUACUUAUCUGAAGAUGAAACUAUUAAAAGUUAUGAAUGGUUUCUUGGUUGUAUUUUUCAAGUGACUAAUAGUAUUCUACCAGUUUAUUUAUUUUCAGAUGCUGAUCCUACUUUGAUAAAUGCAAUAGUAUCAAAGAUGUCUACUGGUAUUCAAAGUACACAGAGAGUUGAAGUUAUAAACUGUUUAAUUAAAGAAGCCACUAGUAACACAACAUUACUGUAUAAUUUACAUGAUCAAGCUCAAAAAAUAUUAGAUAAUGAGGCCAAAGUUAGAGAUUCAGAUCAAAUUAUUAAGGAUACCAAUCAAUAUGAUAAUGAUGAUGAAUUUCUUGAGGAUCAAAUGGAUAAGCCACAGACGUCACAGACAUCUCUUUUUUUUAUUUUAGAAGAAGUACAAUUAUCUGAAAUUAUAACACAAUUUCAACAAGAGAGUUAUGAUGAACUAAUAACAACUGAUUUACAUAUUUUUAAUCAAAUUAGAUCACCAGACACAUUUAAUGCUGAAAUUAAAUAG